AUGAAGAAUGAGUACCACAAAAACAUAUGGGUUUCGACUUUCGAAUUGUGCUUGUUUAGUACUCCCAUAUUGAUAGGUCAACCCGUGUGGACAUGGGCUGUUUCCGAAACUGGAAGUGAAACGUCCAAUCGAAAAUUAGGCUUACAAGUUGUUUGCUCGAGUCUUUUCGCGAAAGACGAUUCCUCCGGAAAUUGGCGAAAAGUCUUUGAAAGAUCGAUGGGUGAGAGAUCUUCAACGAGACCCUUCUCUGACAUCUUCGAAAAGGAAAAGAGAUCUUCCAAGAGUCAAUUCUCUGAUAUCUUCAAAAAGGCAAAGCGAUCGUCAAAGAGAUCUUCAAAUAGACCCUUCUCCGAUGUCUUCGAGAAGAAAAGGUCGUCUUCGAAGGAACCCUUGUACGAUACUUUCGAAAAGAAAGAGGAUGGAAUGAUGGCAGCCACCUCCUGUGGACCUGAACCCUUCCCUGAAACCUGUAAAAGAAGGAGAUCGAUGGAGACAAUUCCUUUGCGCGAGGAAUUUGGGUGUAACUAUAAGCACUAUGGAGUCCACCAUACUGAGAAUACUGCUUAUAGAAGGAAGAGCGAGAAGGGGACCACAAGUUUAGCUUUUAUUUUCAAACAUGGGGUUAUGCUAGCAGUUACUCACGCAUCGAAGUCGUUUGUUCCAAACAUGAUUGAAGUGAAUUCUUACAUGGUUGCCGCAAUAUCCGGAGGGAGUGAGUAUUUGCAAAAAGAGGUGCUGAUCAUUGGGAUGGAAGAAGACAAGGGUCCUGUCUUGUGUCGUUUGAACCGUGAGGGGAACUGGAGCUUGUUGCGGAGGUUUCAGGGAAACCGUUGUUUUUGGCCUCUGGGUCCGGUGUAUCAGGAGCUUUGGCCGCUGUCAGACGCAGCUUGCGUUACGAUAUGUCUGAAAGUGAAGCUUUGCUGCUGGCUAAAAGAGCAAUUUGCCUGUCUACACGUGAUCGUACUGAAAGUGGUAAUUAUUUCAGUGUUUACAAACUCGGGAGCACUGGAUGUGAGCAGCUUGUUCAUGGUGAUGGCAUCACAGAAUGGCUUGACAACUGCACAGUUUUUGGCAGCAAUGUCACAUUUUUGGGCCGCACGCACUACUGUUGAGGCUAUUGCUUCUCUUCUAUUUUGCUCGGAGUUUCUUCCAGAUGGGUCUAUGUCCCUCGCUGCCCAAGUCUAA